GUUGUAGUUUUACUACACUCGUGAAAUCGGGCUGAUCGCUGUGCGGACGGACAGCAAGGUGCAGGGCGUCGCACGUGCCCAGAUUUGUCAUUUCGGAGGGGGAGCUAGGUGAUUAAGCAUUUAAUCUCGUUCGUCCGUACGUAUCCAUACAUACGUAAAUAAUCAAGUCCACUCCAAGAAUUGGUUAAUAUGUUGCCAUCUAUGUAUGCAUUUACACAGUACAUACCGAUAUGCACGACACGCAGUGAUACAUAUUUCUCUGGUUUAAAACAAGUAUAAAUGUAUUGUAUUGGUGAAUCUAAUUCCGAACAACAACUUCGACUGAGAAACCGGAGUUGAAUUGUGGAAGGCUAUAGACGGAAAGUCAUGAUUAUCAGAUGCCUAUCGGCGUAUUAUCUCCCUCCGUUAGGCAAUAGAUAAUGUGAAACUAAUCUACCUUUGUACAUGCACAUCUAUGCAUACAUACAUAGGUAGCCAAAUACGUACAUGUAUGCAUAUGUAUAAAUCUGUAUAUGCACGGCUAUACGUCAAUAUACUUAUAUACAUUCAACAUACUGAUAUAGUCAAUGAAAUGGGCCAAAACGGAAGUACGCACCAUGGGCAUCGGGGACGUGGUCGAAAUUUCAGACGAGCAACCCUUAGCAUGUUGGGAAAAAAACAUUCUCAACCUAGCAAAAUCCUGUCGCACACAUUUGCAUAUGAUGAUGAGGGUCUUAAGGUUGACCGGAUGAAUUUGAACACAGCUACGGAAGAAGAAUUGAUGACAUUGCCAGGAAUAAGCAGGGCAGUGGCCAGGAAUAUAGUUUGUCAUAGACAGGCGAUAGGGAGAUUUCACAGGGUGGAAGACUUGGUCUUAGUUUCAGGAGUGGGAGCUUAUAAAUUGGAAUUGGUUCGACCUGAGAUCUGCGUAGCUUCCGCCAAUGCCAGCACAAGUUCAUCUCAAGCUUCCAUAAGCUUGAACUCUUCGGGGAAUACGGGGAGUUUGCUGGAUAUCAAUAGUGCGAGUGUUUUUGCAUUGCAAGGAAUCCCAGGUUUGAAUCAGGAAUUAGCAGCUAACGUCGUUGAAAGGAGACACAGGCGCGGAUUUUAUCAAUCGCUUGAUGAACUAGCAAAAGUCCGAGGGAUUGGAAAGCAUCGGUUGGCGAUAAUUAAGCCUUAUCUAAAGAUCGUCGUUGACUCGGAUGGAUCCGUUACCCCAACCCCUAGCAACGGUACAUCGUCUUCUUUGGGUACCAAUCCACAAAUGACAAGUACCCCUGUUUCCAACGGUGUGGUUAGAAUUUCGAGCAAGGUGCCUGGAGUCAAUGGAAUAAAUCCAAGUGCUCAUGUCACCAAUGACAUUGAAACGAGCUCAGGAAUAACUGAAGAUGAAAUUUGGGAGCUACUCAGUGUUGCCAGUCCUCGGCCUUUGACGCCCAGUAAUUAUUCUACCAAACUCGAGGGAAGGACCUCCUUCAGGAUUGCCACAUGGAACCUAGAGCGUUUUAGCGUUGACAAAGCUUGCAACCCAGGUGUGCGAGAAGUUAUAUGUCGGACUAUACUUGAGAACAGAUUAUCUUUGCUGGCAUUACAAGAGAUUGAGAGCAGCGAAGCCCUGGCUAAAAUAACGCUGGAAUUGAAUAGUCCAAUUCUGAAACGGGUUCGCGAUUGGCAAGGAAAUCGCAAGGUUUGGCGAUCCAUAUACUUAGGACAAGGCCUUGCUAUCCUAUGGGAUACAGAUGGAAAAAUUCGUAUAUCCCUUCAGCAUCAGUCGUCGGCAGCGGCGGAUUCAGUACCCGCCGCUGCCUGCGCGACAUUUCACAUCAACAAGGUUACUAUAACGGUUGUGAACGCGGCACUGCACGGCGUCCGGGAUCGAAGGGCAAUAGACAAUUACUGCAGAUUCCAAAAUACUCUUGUGCUUGGAGAUUUUUCCACAAUGAACGGCGUGGAAGAUCUUGAUCUCGAAUUACCGCGCAACGAAAACACAGCGGUUCAUCCUGAAGAAUUAUUUUUCAACGAUAAUAUCGCAUGGAGCCGUAAAUCCAGAGCGGUGCUGCGAACCGGGCAUUCAGGUAUCGUUAAGCAGGGUCUAACGCAUCUGGGUAUACCUCGAGGUUGGAAAUGGGGUGGCGCAGUUUCAACCCACUGCCCGGUUUGGUGCCAGAUAUAUUCACAGCUGGAUGAGUAAUAACAUUUCAUUACCCAUCCGGCAGUCUUCCCGGAGAAAAACGCGCCAAGUUACAGGCUAAGGAAGAUCCACUUCAUGCUUUCUCUGACAAUGAGACUUUUCCAAUAACGGAUCAAACUGUCUGAUCAAUCAUCUUCCUGGUACAACAUUUGUUCUUUCUCUUUUUUUUUCAUUUUUAGUUGAAUUCUUCUGCUCAUUUUAUAAAUGUUGAUAAGUUUAGGAGGUAUGAUUGCAAAGUAAUUUGCAAUGCAGCUAAUAUUUAGGCAAACGGGAAAGUUCCAUACUCAAAUUAUUGAGGUGCCUCGCUUAUUCCAUCUCAAGUGUUUCAUAGCAUUUAGUGCUCUAUAAACAUUGAAUCGUCUGUAUAAACACUUAUACCUAUGCAUGGUUGUGUGAUAAAAAUAGCCGCUUGUGUCGGAGACGUUGUCUGGUUGAUCUUUGGUUCACAAUCAGUUUUGUAGUCUUCACGGGGAGUAUUGAAAAACAAAAGCUAAUUGUAAGUUACGACGAGUGUACGGGAUGUGAUAUACAUAUGUACAUACAUACAAAGAUAAGUAUAUGUAUAUAUUUUUCUUUGGUUAUUUUGUUGAUUAAUUUUUAUUUCGCCUGUGGGCACUUAACAAAAUGAGGAGUUGAGAAUUCCAAUGAAAUCCACGAUGCUGGUCAAUCGUCUUCACUGAUCUCUGUUGUGUGAUAGAACGAGAUAAUUAAAAUAAAAUAUUGAAAUAAAUAAAAUCUAUUUCUGGAAUCCAA